UUCGGAGCCGGAAGUGUUAGAUCCGGCAGCGCUUGGAGUGGGAUAGCGACGGUCGUUAAGUCGGGAAUUGCAGGAAAGAUGCUUUCAGAAGGAAGUUCGUUUAUUCGAGGAAUUUUGAUAGGGGGAGCGUUUUGUGUUGUCGUUACCCUUAUAGGACAUAUGAGGGUUGGACAUGAACCAGCUGCCCCCCACGAACAUCAUCACGUUCAAGCUCCAGACAAAGAGGAGGUUCGGAAACUUUCUGGCACCGAACGAAUGGAGAUGAGCCGCAGCGUACGUGUCUAUUGUAUUAUCCUUGUAAAACCAAAGGACCUCAGCUUUUGGGCCGCAGUGAGGGACACCUGGAGCAAGCAUUGUGACAAAGCUGACUUUUAUAGCUCAGAGCACAUGAAAGUGUUUGAAUCGAUCUCCCUCAACACAAAUGACAUGUGGACAAUGAUGAGAAAAGCCGUCCAAACGGCAUAUAAUAACCACAAGAACGAGUACAACUGGUUUUUCAUAAGUCAACCAAAUACAUUUGCUGUGAUCGAAAAUCUAAAAUACUUUUUGCUAAAAAAAGAUCCUUCUGAGCCUUUCUAUAUCGGUCACACUGUAAAGUCGGGAGACUUGGACUACGUGGACUUCGCGGGGGGAAUUGUCCUGAGCAUAGAGUCCCUGAACAGGCUUAUUUCUAUUUUUAAUGAGCCUGAUAAGUGUCCUGAGACAGGAGGUGUGAUAUGGAAAGUUUCCGAAGACAAGCAGUUGGCCAUGUGCCUGAAAUACAAAGGAGUGAUGGCGGAAAAUGCAGAAGACUCGGAGGGAAAAGACGUCUUCAACACAAAAUCAGUGGGUGCACUCAUCAAGGAGUCAAUGGCCAGUGAUCCACAGAAAGUGGUGGAGGGCUGUUGCUCAGACAUGGCUAUCACUUUCAGUGGCCUAUCGCCCAACUAUAUGCAGGUUAUGAUGUAUGGAGUGUACAGAUUAAGAGCCUAUGGACACAGCUUUAACGAUGCUUUGAUAUUCAUGCCACCGGCGGACUCCAUUAACGACUGAAGUUUGCAGAGCAGAAACAGCUACUGGCUUCAUCUCAUCAAACUUCCGGAAGACAUCGAUCUAUUUGAAGAUUUUACUGUAAUCAACAGUUUGCCAGCCUGUGACACAUUAGCUGCUGUUGAACUACAGCUCCAUCAGUCCUCUCUGCCAGUUAGAGCAGAGGAUUGUGGGAACAGUAGUUUAAUAGCAGCUGACGAACUUGAUAUUGUUUACCCCUUCCUAAAUUAUAAAUGCACCUCCAUAGUGAGAACAUUAGUGAUUUUUAUAAUGUAUUGGUUUUUUUAUGUGUCAAGAUUUCUUAAUUCAAGGGAUGUUUCCGACAGUUGUGCGUCUUGCCAGUUUACAUACCAGCUUCCGAAAAGACGUUUGUGAUCAGCACAGGGUUUUUAUUUCCUUUAUUUGAUUUCUCUUUCAAUUGUGCAGACUGGCAAAAUACUUGUUGGCUUGUAAUUAUACAGAAUUUUACAUUUUUUUGCACUCAAAGUCUAUUUUUAUAAAUUUGUAAGCUGUGGGUGAUUGUAUAUGAACGGGAGACUUUCUGGAGUACUCCCUGUGGGAGAUUUAAACAUUCAGAUUCUAAUUUUGCGUUGCCCGUUCUUAGCGCCAGAUUGGCGUAGGCGCCGUUCCAUCGUGCUAUGUUACAAGUUGCGUUAAUUAUGUUGUAUUCGCUCACAGAUACCUAGUAUUCCUUAACAUCAUUGCCUCGCCAAGAUCAAGAAUACCUUUCAGCAACAAUGGAGAAAUUUAAUAACUAAGAAAUUUAAGUUAUGUUAACCCUGUAAGUGCCCAUGGGACAGCAAAUUUCCGCUGCCAAGAUUGAUUUAAUUUCUGUUAUUUAUCAUUACUUUUGGUAAUGGUUUUUAAUUUACUGCUAGAAUCUAUUUUCUAGUGUUUGGUUUCUGUGGGUGUAUAUUCUCCUGGCUCAGAAAUAUCCUCUAAUAAUACUGGCUAACCCAGCGGUUUAUGUUAUGCUCAUAAGUAAGACUUAUCUAUGUUCCAAUGCAGUCGCUCCCAAAAGAAGAUAUGUUAGCACUGUAAAUGUUUGCCUUUAAAGUUGUAUAUCGUUAAUAGCAUUAAGCUUUAUUUGUGAUG